UGUUCCCGCGUUCACCUGCGAGGGUAUAAAAGAUCGCGUGUCGAGCGCAUCGGACUCAGUUUAAUCUCGUGAGUAAGACACAUAAUCGUCUUGACGAGGAGAAGAAACGAUCGAGUUAUUUAUCGAUCGAAAAAGAUAAAUAUAGCGUAAUUGUGCUGUAAUAAGCGGCGGAAAUAUAGUUUGGAAUCGCGGAAAAUAUAUUCGAGUAGAACAAGUGCUUUUUUGUGUACGAAGGUCUAUCUCGAUUUCGACUUUGAGACCCACUUCUACAGUCUUUCCAGUGGAAAGUACAUGAUAUAUAAACACAUAUACAAAAUCUGCGCAAUCUGCUGCGUCUGUCUAGUCCUUUGAGAGAUAUCUCAUUGUUUUAUGUGGCUAGAAAUCUGUGUGAUUUGAAAUGACAGACACGAGUCAACUGUCAAAUGACAUGGAGGAGUCCGCGCAAGUGAUCGAUUUAACCGAUGACCGACAGCAAUAUCACUAUCAUCAUCAUCAUCACCAUCAUCAUUAUCAUCGUUAUCAUCAUCAUCAUCAUCAUCAUCAUCAUCAUCAUCGAGGUAGAACACCACCCGUGGGUGAGAUUGGUGACGACGAGUGCAGCACCGACAGUGGCUGCAGCAGCGGCGGAAGUAUCGGAAGCGGCGAACGUCUAUCGCGACGUGGUAGCGGUGAACGUUUAUGCAGAUCCAGUAGAUCCUCUCCGAGAACGCAUUGCUACCCAGAGCGGCUGCGAGGACGAACGACACGAUCGCAGGAGCGGCUUAGCACUAGCGUGCAGAGAUCGUCGGAGCGCAUUUGGAGCCUUUCCGAAGACGUCAGGAGUCUACCUCGUGGUGGUACCUCACUCUCAUCCUAUUCCUCCAGUCCUUCGGAUGCUCAUAGCAGCAGCGAUAGCGACUCCCUUAAGAGGCCCUCCACAGCGGAGACUCUACGACGGGCUUUUCAAAGUCUCAAGAUUAUCUCAUCUAAAUGGGAUGCGGGAGAUAGCAACAAGGGAAAGAAGCACGCGAAGAAGAGCCCGAAGAGGAUUUUGCGUAGCCCGGUGUCCUAUAUAUAUGUCCGAGGACCAUCCGGUCUACCUACUCAAAGGAUUCCCCGAAACUCUGGUUUUCAGCAGAAAGCUAUACAGCCACGCUCUUGCCAAGAUCUUUAAUCGAUUACACACUUAAUCCAUUAUAUAUCGC